AGGUGUACGUCAAUAAUUUAGUGACUCAUAAAAUAACUAUGACAACAAACAAUAUUGUAUGUCAUAUUGAAUGUAAAUCUAAAAUGAUUGUGGCCGUUUAAUAACAACGAAUGCAAAAUAACGAAGAUUUUUAUAAACUAAAAGAACACAAUAAUGGGAGAUUUAAAAGCAACUACAAUCAAAGAUGCAAUAAAAAAUUGGGAAGAAGAAAAUAAAGAACCGGCAUAUGAGGCUACAAAUGUUUGCUUACAAUUUCAAUGGCCACCGAUUGAAAAAAUGGACAACAAUUUGUCAAUUUUAACAAAAUGCGAAAAAUUAUCAUUAAGUACAAACAUGAUCGAGAAAAUAAAUGGUCUUGCUACAUUAAGGAAUUUAAAAGUGUUAUCUCUUGGAAGAAAUUACAUUAAAGCUUUUACUGGACUUGAACCAUUGGCUGAUACUCUAGAGGAAUUAUGGAUAUCAUAUAAUUUUAUUGAAAAAAUGAAAGGAGUUCUUGGCAUGCGUAAACUUAAAGUAUUACACAUGUCUAAUAAUAAUGUUAAAGAAUGGGCAGAAGUAAAUAAACUCGCAGAAAUGGAGAAUCUUAAAGAUUUUUUGUUCGUUGGAAAUCCACUUUAUGACUGUUUGGAUGAAUCAGUUUGGCGUAGUGAUUGUAUAAGGAAACUUCCUAAAUUAGUAAUACUGGACGGCGUUCCAAUUAUAAGAGAUUGAAAGCAGACCAGAUUGUAUAAAUAAACAAGGUUUUAUUUGAAAUUAAAAUGCAUAAUAACGAUGAUGAAAUUAAAUGCACAUAAGUAAUCUUUAAUUACAUAACGACUGUCGUUGAUAUAAUAACAUUGCAAGCUUACUUGGUAAAAAACAACACAUUAGUAAUAUGUUUAAUAUUUUAAUACAUUGGUGUGUCAUGUAGUAUCAAAAACAAAAUUUACAUAGGUACAUACAAAAUGAUUAAUUCAGAAUUGUGAAUACUAAUAUUGUAAACUUUACUUUUUAACUUUUGUAAUCUUAGAAACUACUUAAUUUCAUGAUUAUAUCAACAGAAUGGAUAUUAUUUUCAUAUUUUAUAUAAUUAA